AUGAUUGGCUCGCGAUCUGUACGACUAUUUCAUGCAUCAGUUUUAAUAAGAAGAACAUCCCGCAGUUUUUCUUCGCCGUCAGAAACUAUACGAACACAAUACAGCAAUGUUGAUCUGCGAGAAGUAGAGAAUCUUUCCAAACAGUCAACGGAAUGGUGGGAUCCGCACGGACCUAUUCGAGGAUUGCAUGCGAUGAACACUUUGCGCGUGCCAUUGAUUCGAGAUGGGUUGAUUGCAACGGGAACAGUAGAAAAAAAUCGUAUCAACAAGCCCAAUGUUCUUGAAAACCUGAACAUCCUAGAAGUUGGGUGUGGUGGAGGGAUUCUCACGGAGGCUCUAGCUCGAUUGCGUGCCAAUGUAGUCGGUAUUGAUCCAAGCGAAAAGUUGAUCAAGGUAGCAGGGGAACAUGCCAAAGAAAGCACAUCGCUGAAACCGGAACACAUACAAUAUCAUACGGAAACCAUUGAACAGCAUGCGGCUAAAAAUGCUGAGCACUACGAUGCCGUCGUGGCCUCGGAGGUGCUAGAACACGUGAACGAUAAGGUGGCAUUUAUUGAGCAAUGCUUGAAUGCACUCAAACCUGGUGGAUCACUGUUCAUUACAACGAUCAAUAAGACAACGCCAUCCUGGCUAGGGGCUAUCGUAGCGGCAGAGCAAAUUUUCAAACUUGUUCCAGAAGGCACUCAUGAUUGGGAUAAAUUCAUAUCUCCGCUCGAUUUACAGAGAAUUUUGACCAGCUACAGUUGCAACACUAUUCUCAUUCAUGGAAUGUUUUAUCAAUUUUGGUCCAAUCAGUGGUGCUGGGCUCAGAACACAGAUAUAAAUUAUGCGCUCCACGCAGUUAAAAGCAAAGAACUAUAAAUAGUGCUUAAUAUAAAAAAAUAUUUAUAUAUUAUUCCG